AUGGCAGGCGACUUGAAACCGCGACUUUGUCAGAUGACAAAAGGGGACAGCGGCUACGGGUUUCACUUGCACGGAGAGAAGGGCAAGAGCGGACAGUACAUCCGAAAAGUGGAGCCCAACUCCCCCGCAGAAGCCUCGGGCUUGCGCGCGGGGGACCGAGUUGUGGAGGUGAACGGAGAGAGCGUGGAGAGAGAGACGCACCAUCAGCCCCCGUGGAGCUGCUGCAGUCUGUGCCACCUGUGCGUCUGCGGAGGUGGAGCUGACUUCAACCUGCACAGCGAGAAAUCCCGGCCCGGCCAGUACAUCCGCUCACUGGACCCCGGCUCACCUGCUGACCGCGCCGGCCUGCGACUCCAGGACCGACUCAUAGAGGUAAACGGGGUGAAUAUUGAGAACAUGCGGCAUGCUGAGGUGGUCGCCUUCAUUAAGAGUGUGGGAGCGGAAGCACGACUGCUGGUAGUGGACCCUGAUACUGAUGACCACUUCAAAAGGAUGGGACUGACCCCCACCAGCAGUCACGUCAGAGACUUUGAGGCCCAGUCCAUCACUAACGGCUCCCCGAGUCCUCGGAUUAACGGCAGCUCCACAUCUCACUCCACACACCUCAGAUCCCAGCAGAUCCCAGCACACUACACGACUGAGUGUGUGUAUGGUGAGUCUAUGUCGGAGGGUUCAUCGGGCAGUCGUCUGCUUGACCCGUUUGCGGAGAUCGGUCUGCGUCUGAGCCAGACGGCGGCGGAGGCUCGUGAGAAAGCGCACGCCAAGCGCGCCAAGAAGAGGGCGCCGCAGAUGGACUGGAGCCAGAAAUACGAGCUCUUCAGCAACUUCUAACACACACACACACACACACACACACACACACAAAGAUGGACUGGAGUAGGAACUACAAACUCUUCAGCAUCUUUUAACACACACACACACACACACACACAAAGAUGGACUGGAGUAGGAACUACAAACUCUUCAGCAUCUUUUAACACACACAAAUACACACACACACACACACACAUACACACACACACACACACAUACACACACACACACACACAAUGUAGGACUGGAGCAGGAACGAUGAGCUCUUCAUCUAACACACACAAACUCACACACAUACACACACACACACACACACACACACAUACACACACACACACACACAAUGUAGGACUGGAGCAGGAACGAUGAGCGCUUCAUCUAACACACACAAACUCACACACAUACACACACACACACACACACACAAAAUGGCGCCGCCAGCCGUAAUCCUGUACGCUCUGUGCAUACAUUUUCUUACCACGUUAUUCGUGAAAUCAUUCAAUAUUACAAGAAUAAAAAUAGCUUGUGUAAUGUGUUGAUUGAAACAUGCUUCGCGCACAAAUGAAAGCUUAUGUUUGGGGCAAAGAGAGCGGACUUCUCACCAUAAGGAUACAUUAGAAGAUGAUGAUUGGUGUAAACUUUGUCAUGACAUGAUAAGAAUUCUGGCGCUUAAAGGUGCUCUAAGCGAUGUUGGGUAACGUCACUUCUGCUGAUGUCCAAUCAAAACAGAGAACUCGCUCACUACUCCCUCCCCCUCCCUCCCGUCCAAUUAAAACUCUCAUAAACGAGCAUCUCAACGGUGA